CGUUACAUUCGCCAACACGCACUCAGCCUGCCAAAUAAUGUUGCAAGUGCAAGAUUAUUUGGCAGGCUAUUCGCCAAUCGUGAUACCGUUAUUUUACUACUAUUUCAUGCUCAUGCUCUUUGGUUGCCAGGUCAUAAAAUUCCAAAAUAACGGUUGAAAUGUUGAAUAUAGUCGGAAAACCAAUUUAAAAAAAAAUGGUUAGUAGGUAUUGAGUGAUCACCGAUCGUUGAAAAAAUUAUAUUAUUUUGUACAAUUUUACAUUAAAGCACAGAACACUAUUACUAAUUUAUCGUGUAGUACUAAAGUAGCAAAUAAUGAUCCUUUUUAAAUUUGAUGUUUUCGUUAUUUAAUGUAUUAAAUUAAAAAUGGAUUUGAAUAUGAGUGUUGAGCCUAUGGAUAUUGAUGUAAGUGCCAAUUCGGUUUGUCCAAUGGAUUUAUCAUUUAAUGAGCAAUGCUCGAUGGUUAAAGAAGAAAAAACCGAUGAAGAUUUCGUCAAAAAUUUAUUAUCCGAAAGUAUAUUGACAGAAGUAAAAAAGCCAACGUAUGGUUCAUAUACUCCUGUUAGUGAGUUAAAACUAUUGAAAACAACAGACAUUAAUCUGAAGAAAAGCAAAAGAUUCACUGUUAUACCUAUAAUGAAUUCAUUUGAUGAGCAAUGCUCGAUGGUUAAAGAAGGAAAAACCGAUGAAGAUUCCGUGAAAAAUUUUAUAUCCGAAAGUAUUUUGACAGAAGUAAAAAAGCCUAUGAUGAACCAUACUCCUGUUAGUGAGUUAAAACUAUUGAAAACAACAGGCAAUAAUCUGAAGAAAAGUAAAAGAUUCACUGUUAAGCCUAAAAUGAAACCUUCCAAUGUGAUGAGCUAUAUCUACAUCAUAUUACCAAUAAUAUUAAUUCUUACUUCAUACACAUAUCAUGUUGGGAUUGUAAAAAUAUGUUCUGAAAAGCUUGACACUGUACAAAUAGCAAAUUUAUUUUCUAAGAGACUGUAUGGACAACCUACUGCUUCUACUAAGAUAAUUGAAGCUCUAGAGGAUACAAGUAAAAGAAAAUUAUUAGUGUUUUUAGGUGGAACUGGUGUUGGAAAGACAUUAACAGUGUCACUAAUUUUAAAUGAAAUAAGUAACUUUGCAAAUGUUUAUCAUUAUACAAUGCCAACAUUUCUUGAAGUUUAUUCAUCAAAUUUUUUAUUUGGUUUAACAUUUUGUAAAUCGACUGUUUUAGUAAUAGAUGACCUAGAAGAAAAAGAUAUUGACUUAAUACAGAGAAGUUUAUAUGAAUUGUUAAAUAAGACUGAGAAUUUUAGUAAGAAUAUCUCAAUUAUUUUAGUUUUUAAUUGUAAUAAUACUGGACAUAGUCGAAUGAAUGCAUCAAAAUGUGAUAAUAGUAUAAGUAAGCUUAAAUUUAUUUAUAAAGAUUUUAAAGAUUUAAAAAGUUACUAUGUAAAAUUUGAUAACUUAAAAGAAAACAGCCUUAGAAAAUGCAUAGAGUUUGAAUUAGGAGGAGAAAAUAAAAUAAAUGAUAGAGAAUUAAACAAUAUUAUGAAGUACUUUGAUGUUUCCGUUGAUGGCUGUAAGGGUGUACACAAUAAGAUGAAAUAUUAUAAAAAAUAAAAGGUAACAUUUUUAAUAAAGUAAAUAAACAUUUAGAAUGUUGUGUUAUUUUAGUCACUAGUUAAUUGUAUGACUGACAAGGAUUUCACAUUAGUGCUAUUAUGCAUAAUGGGCAUUUUGUGCUUUGCUACAUGGUGAGCCAGUUUAAUCUUACUUAUUUGGUGCUUAAUCUUGAGAAACCAUUUACAUAUUUUGACAUGACAUGUUAUAACAAAAUACUUUUCAUUAAUAGAUUAACACAUAAGAUCCUUCCAAACAAUAAAGAAAAAGUAAAAAUGACUUAUGAACAUAAUGUGAAAUUGUUUGUCAAAUU